AUGAACCGCGUCUCUGUUGAGGCGUCCUUCUUUAAACGACUCUCUUCGGAAGAGAACCUGAUUUACGCCGCCCGCCUCUACGGGAUCUCGGCUCCCGAAGCCGAACGGAAAUCGAAGCAGAUUUUAGAAAGGCUCGGUUUUGAUACAGAUCGGAUGAACGAAGAGAUGGAGCAUUUAUCGCGCGGGAUGCAACAGAAAGUCGCUAUUGCGCGCGCCCUACUCACCACCCCUAUGCUCCUUCUGCUUGAUGAACCAACAACGGGACUUGAUCCGAAAUCCAAGCGAGAUGUGCAAACGUUUAUUGAGGAGAUUCGUCGAGAACGGAAUGCUGUCAUUGUCCUAACGACGCACGAUAUGGUGGAGGCAGAGAGGUUGUGCGACAAGAUCGCAAUUAUCGAUAAAGGACGUUUUAUCGCAGAAGGAACGGUAGAGGAACUCAUCGCCAAGACCUCACUACAGAAUGGCGCACCCGCGACUUUGGAAGACGUGUUUAUUGCGCUAACGGGUAAAGGGAUUGAGGAGGAAGAGUAA